ACUUUUGAACCCAUCGCUCACGAGUCACGAGACUCCCCUGAACCUGCAACUUCUUCUUCCUCCUCGUCCUCCUCCUUUAAAUUCAUCUUUGCAGUCCUAAUCCUUCUUAUUGAUCCUAUGAUGAUUAAACCUCCCUCUUCUUGUCCUUCAAUUCGAAUUCCCAUGCAUUUGGUUCUCCUCUGAUUCGUGUGAUCUCUUGCAGUACUGGUCUUCCAGUUUAUGUUUCUGGCUAAUUUCAACUCUUGAACAAAUCUAUUUCGAUAGUUUCAUGAAAGAAAACCCUCAUGUUUCGGAAUCACUUCCUACGAUCCCAAGGAAAAUUCAGAUUCAAAUUUAAAUCCCUUUUGACGGAAUGUUUUGAUAGUAAGUAUCACUGUAACUAUUUUGUAAUAACUCAUAUCGAGCUUUGAUGGCGGCGUCGUGUUUUCAUCCACUUCGGCUACCAAAGUGGAAGGGGAAAUCGUUAUUACCCGCGGCUUCUUCUUCUUCUUUGUCGUCGUCCAAGAGGCAGUUGAAUUGUGAUGCGGAGAAUUUGGAAAGGAAGAAUUUCGAAAGCUUGGAAUCAUGGUCGAUGAUAUUGGAGUCUGAGAAUUUUGAGACGUGGGAGGCUUUGAAGGAGGAUCAGGAAGAAUGGACUGCCGAUCUUUCUCAGCUUUUUAUCGGAAACAAGUUUGCUUCCGGCGCUCACAGUCGGAUUUACCGUGGAAUUUACAAGCAGAGAGCUGUGGCUGUGAAAAUGGUUAGAAUUCCAGCUCAGGACGAGGAAAAAAGAUCUUUACCGGGGCAGCAAUUUAAAUCUGAAGUUGCUUUACUUUCACGUCUUUUUCAUCCUAAUAUUGUUCAGUUUAUUGCAGCUUGUAGAAAACCACCGGUGUACUGUAUCAUAACAGAAUACAUGUCACAAGGAAAUCUGAGGAUGUACCUGAACAAAAAAGAGCCAUACUCUCUUUCAACCGAAACUAUACUAAGGCUAGCACUUGACAUAUCUAAGGGUAUGGAGUACCUUCAUUCACAAGGUGUAAUGCACAGAGACCUCAAGUCAACUAACUUGCUUCUCGAUGAUGAAAUGAGGGUUAAGGUAGCAGAUUUUGGCACAUCAUGUCUUGAAACGCGGUGCCGGGAAACCAAAGGAAACAUGGGGACGUAUCGUUGGAUGGCCCCAGAGAUGAUCAAGGAAAAACCUUAUACUCGUAAAGUAGAUGUGUAUGGUUUUGGAAUUGUGCUUUGGGAGCUCACAACCGCGUUACUUCCUUUCCAAGGAAUGACCCCUGUGCAAGCUGCUUUUGCUGUGUCAGAGAAGAACCAAAGGCCACCGCUGCCAGAAAAUUGUCAGCCAGCGCUCGCACAUCUGAUAAAGCGUUGCUGGGCGGCCAAUCCCUCCAAGCGGCCAGAUUUCAGUGAAAUUGUGUCUGUUUUGGAAAAGUAUGAUGAAUAUGUCAAGGAAGGCCUACCUCUCACUCAUUAUUCAACCUUAAUCAAUAAAAAUGUCAUUAUUCAACGCUUAAAAGGUUGUGUGUCCAUGAGUUCCUCUAUACCUGUACAUGCCUGAUUUAUCCUCUUCCGCAUGUAAGCUCAUACACACUCCUCCCCCCCCCCCCCCUCCAAAAAAAAAAAAAAACCCUCAAUCUGUAUAUCCUGUCCAUUUGCUUGUAAUUGUACAUGCUUCAAUGUUCCUUCCAACUGUAUUAUGUAAAUGCAACUUAAGUUUCUUUUCCCUAA